GUCUGAGCCGCGGGCCAAGGGCGGCGGCGGCAAGGGCAAGAGCAAAGGAGUUGGCAAGGCAGGCAAGACCAACGCGAGCGGAGCCAACCCCCUGGACUACGUCCGCUGUGCGAACUGCUCGUACAAGUGGAACUUCAAGGCCAGGGUGGAGUGCUACAACUGCAAGAAGCCGCUCAAGCCUGCCGCAGUGGACGAGCCUCCGCAGCUACGGGCAUCGGCGUGGUCAUUCGCGCGCGAGCCGUGGGUGCGGCACUCUGACGACUGGUUCGGGUACGAGGCACCGCCACCGCAGCCCGCCCCGCCGUCGGAUGCAGAGUGCCUCGCGGCGUUGGCGGCCAGGCAUCCCGAGCGCGGCCAGCAGCUCGAGGCCAUCAAGAUGGCAGUCGCACCACCGCCCGUUGCGGCCACGGUGUUGCCAGAUGUGGCCCUCGACCGCGCCCAGGCCAAGCAGCGUCGGGCUCAAGCCGCCUUCCUCUCCAAGUCCCAGCAGGUCCACGACGCCGAGCAGUGGCUCCAGGCCUGCCGCGAGGAGGAGGUGCGUGCAGGUGAGCUCGUCCUGGCGUGCAACGUGGAGGUGGAGGAGGCCUACAAGGCAGCAGCGCCCAAGGGCGUCCAGGUGCAGGCGCAGGGGGCGCAGGGGCCUGGCGCCAAGGCUCAGCCUGCCGUGGGCCUCAACGUCACGGCGCUUUUGGCGGAAGACUUCCAGGUCGAGGCAGGCGACGCCUUCAGGCUGGACGACCCAGACCUGGACAUCACCGACACGGAGCGCGAGGAGUUCAACAAGUCCCUGGAGGGCUUCGUCGAGCAAGUCAAGCAGCACGUGCGCACCACCUUCGGUGAGGCCAAGACGCAGCUGGAGCAGAGGCGCAGCGAGAUCGACGCCAAGCACCAGCAGCUGCUGGCCAGGCCCCCACCCCUGGGCAGCCUGGGGCCCCUGCUGGGCCUCCUGGUGCUCACCCUCCUGAGCCACCCAGCCUCCGCGGCCCCGAUGGCGCAGCCAAGUUGGCUCAGCUCAGGCGGGACUUGGAAGCAGCAGCCGCCGUUCCAGCUGGGGACGCAGAUGCGUAAGGCCCAGUCCUGGGGACCUGACGCGCCGCCAGAGGCCAAGCCACGAGAGCCCAGACUCGUCCGCCUGGGCAGGCGGGAGCGGGCCAUCCUGGCCACGCGUAUGCGCCGCAUGGCUCUGCACUGGCGCCCUACCCCGUCGCUGGGGACCACGGCUCAGGACCGCAGGCACUGGGACUCCUACUGCGUGCCGUACAUCUUCCACCAGCUGGGCCCUGGGGAGUACACAGCCAUGCUGGACGACCUGGCAGCCACCACGGGCAGCGGAUCCCGAAUUGCCGAGCGCAUGAGGAUUACACGGGAGUUGGGUGACGAAGCCUGGAACCGCGGAGGGGAGGCCAGGCGCCUCCAGCGGCAGUGGUUGGAGCAUCUGCAAGUGGCUAAUCAGGAUGCUUUCGAGCGUGAGGCGGCUCAGCAGGACCGCACCCAGUCGGCCGCGGAGCGGUGGUUCGACCGCCAGUCCCAGGCGACGACGGGAACGCAGGCCCCCACCGUCUACUUCGACGACCGCAUCCACUGCUGGAGGUUGUGCGCCGCGAAGGUGCUGGAGGCCGACCUCGGCCCAUCCACCUCGACUGGGACCACGGAGGAGCCGCUGUGUUGCUCUGCCUCGCCCGUUGAAUGCACCGAGCUCACUCCCACCCCAGCCGCGUGCAACCUCAAGGGCGGGGACGUCAGUGUCGGCAGUGUUGGCGGCCAGUCCACCUGCAGCGGGACAUCGGCAAAGCCCCAGUGCGACGUCGCCAAGUAUCGACCCUCAGCAGCAGGAGCCCGCAGAGGCAAGCGUCGACAGCGGAGCCACAGGCGCUUCACCUUCCACAGCGUCAAUGCCAGCCUCAGCUGGGGCAAUGUUGUGGGCUACCUCCACGGCGCGGCACACCAGCAGCUCACCGAGGGCAAGAUUCCGAUCAUCGGUUUCCAGGAGCACGGCAAGCGGCGUUUAUGGGCCGAAGAGAGCGCAAGGGCCCUGCUGCCCUUGGGCUGGAGGGCCCUACCCACGCCAGCGACGGACGGCCCGAAUGGAGGGGCCUCGGCGGGCGUCUUGCUGGCGAUACCUGCCUGUGUCGGCGUCACUCUUGCAUCUGGACAGCGACACUGGGACAUAUCUCCCCCAGGUUGUGCAGGCAGGCCCCUGAUGGCCACCCUCGAGGCCAAGGGCAUCGGCAAGUUACUGGUUUUCUGUGCGUAUUGCUUCACUGGUCAGAAGUUGGCGUCUGUGGGCAAUUCAGCUCUCCUGUCAGUUAUCACGGGGUGGGCAGUCAAGCUCCAGCUGCCCUGGAUCGUCAUCGCGGACUGGGAGAAUCUACCUGGUGCUUUGGAGCGUUCGCGGUGGAACAACCAGCUCAGAGGCCGCGUCGUAGCGUGGCACGGGGAAGGGGGCACCAACCGCUCCCCGCACGGUGAGCGCGUGAUCGAUUAUUUCUGGAUGCACUCCAGUUUGGCUGCCAAUAUUUCCCCAGCCCGCAUUGACGACGACGCGGUCUACCACCCUCAUAGAGCCACAUGGGUCGAGUUUCAGCAGCCUUGGUCGGCCUUUACCUGCACCAAGCUCAUCCGACCCCACAAGUUCCCGAUCCCAGGAGUCAAGCCGAGGCACUUCGAUCUCUCGUGCCCAGACGUGCCUGCAGGUUUCGACCCCGAUGCGGUGCCUACCCAGGAGCUCCUGGACGACACCUGGGAGGCGUUCUGCCACGCCGCCGAGGAGGAGCUGAUCCAGAAGGUGGGCUUGGACCCCAGCAGUAGGCAAGCCGAUCAAUGCCGAGGUCGUGGGGGACCACCGCGCUUCAGGAAGUGCCCGUUGCUCCCGACCCACACCGAGGCCAUCGCUUCGCACGGGGAGGCCAAGCGUUGGAGGUGGUUUGCCAACGAGUUGGCUUGGCUGGGCAUCAUUGAAGUAAAGCUUUUCAGCUACACGGGCGCUUCCGACCUGGCCCUCACCACGUUGCACCAGCAGCGGCACGCCUCCAUCCGCAAGUUGCGUGACCGCUUCAGGCACCACAUGCUAUUAGAAGGCGUGGCUGAGCUGCGGGAGUUCUUCGAGGUUUUCACGUCUCGGGACCGCGGCUAUGAAGACUUGCAGGAGCUCUCGGCUUGGCGCCUCAGCUGCAGUCAGUAUGCCUCGUACUUGGAGUGGCAGAUCGGCAAGGAACGUCGAGAUUCCUUCAAGCAGCGGUUAGAGGACGACUUCCCAGGCUCGCAGGGGCUCCUCCACAGGGUCACCAAGUGGCGCCAGGCUUGGCCGGCUCCCAAGGGCAGUAUCUCCAAGAAGCUGCUCCCAGCGGCGCCUCAGGCCGCCGUGGACCAGGAGUUGCACGACUGGUCGAAGGUCUGGACCACUGGCUCAGGUUUCCCCAAGCCGUGGAGGGGCCUCCAGCAAGUCGCCGUCACGCCGCCCAGCCCUCACCACCUGCGCGGUUUGGCCCAGCGUUUCAGGGCCAAGACGGGGAUCGGCGUGGACGGAUGGCAACCCAAGCUUUGGGCCUACCUCACGGACGGCACGCUAUCGGUGCUCGCGUCAUUGCUGGCCUGGUGCCAACAACUGGGGCGGCGGCCGUCCCAGGUCCACCUCCUGCUCGUUUUCAUCAUCGGGAAGCUCGAUGGAGGGGGCCGACCCAUCAUUCUUCUACCUGGCCCUUGCCGCAUCUGGGAGGCGUGGCAGCUGCCCACCAUCAGGAGCUGGUUGGCGGCGCACCCCAGGAGCUACGACUACACGGCGGCGGGCCAAUCAUCGGAGCGUGCGCUGUGGAAAGCCUUGUUGGACGACGAGCUCGUGUUGGGCACAGGCAUACGCGCGGCCGCGAUGCUGGCGGACCUCGCCAAGUGUUAUGAGAAGGUUCCGCAUGAGCGUAUGUGGUGGCUAGCAGCUUGGUGGGGCGGCCCGCUGGAGGUGGUCGCGCUCGCCCUGGAGAGUUUCGCCUUUGGCCGUGUCAUUCGUCUCGGGGAGGCCUGCUCGGCGGAGGUCCUGUCCUCCACAGCGCUCCCAGCGGGCAGCCGUUUUGCGCCCACCUUCCUGAGGUUCUACCUCACGCUGUGCUUAGACGACCUGCUGGGGGUUUUCCGCCUCACGAUCUACUUGUACGUUGAUGACAUCGCCCUGCGGGUCAUGUCCACCGAGGCGCGCGUCUUGCACAUGCUGCCGCAGGCCACGCGCUUGCUGUUUUGGAUGCUGGAGUCCUUCUUGGGCCUGGAGGUAGCCCGAGCGCGGGACGGGGCGAGAGGCAAGUGCUCUUUCCUGCAAACGGCCACUCCGUCUUCAGGCUUGACGCAGGCCAUGGCCGUCCUUGGAGUACCGCCCAGCACCUCCGAGCGGUGGCUCGGCAUCGACUACGGUCCCAGCUUCAAGACAGAGAACCAGUCAGCCCCAGUCAGACACGCGCGGCUUAAGAUAGCCAAGCAGCGUUGGCCUAAGAUCCGCGGCCUUCCUCGUGCACGCGGAGGCAAGCUCAAGAUGGUCGCGCGGCAGGGCCUCGGAGCCUCGGUCGCCUACGGCGCCCGUGUCCGCGGCACGCCCAGGCCCAUCGUGCGUUUUAUCCAGCAGAAGGAUCGGGCCGUCCGCAGGGGCGCCACAGCUUUUACCUCCCGAGUCUUGCACGACGGCCUCGACCCCAGUUGCGCCGACACCCUCGUUCUGGCACCGCUGCUGGCUUGGGCGAGGGAAGCGUGGGACCACCCGGAGGGGCGGCGUGCGCAGGCCACAGCAUGGGCCCGAGUGCAGCAACAGCUUGCGCUGUACAUGGACGCCGACGCUCAGGAGUUGUGGUCAAUGGUGCGCGGCCCAGCGGGGGCCACCUCAGUCACAGUUCGAGCCCAUGGUUGGAGCAUGCCGUCGGCCUUCGAGAUUGUCUUGCCUCCACGAGGCGGGGUGCUCCAAGGAGGGGAUGUCCAUCUUGAUCUACUGCAGAUCUGCCCCAAGUCGGUCGAGGCAGCCGUGCUUUUGGCAGCCCGUUCCAGAGCCCUGUGCCAGUGGGCUAAGGCUCAGCCCGAGCGGGCUGCGCUCCUGCCAGCGCCGUGGCUCACCCCAGCGAGGCAGUUGGUCAAGCGGCGCAAGCAGGACGGGUGGCUGCAACACCAUGCCGAUGCGGUCAAGAAGGCGGUGUUGGGCGGUUUCCCUUCGCAGGAGGCCCUUUUCUUUUCGGGCCAGGCGGACACUCCGCAUUGCCAGCUUUGCGACGACACGACCUGUUUCGGCACCCACCAGCACGAUUACUGGCGGCGCGGCAGCCCGACGCGUGCUACGGUGAGGGAGCAGCUGACGGCCCACGACUCGACACCUACCUUCAGAGACGUCGGCCACCUGGGCUUGUCGGCCUCCUCGUCGGAAGCCUCAAGAUGGUUGUGGGAGCGGGGUUUGCGGCGAACCCCAUGUUACGGCUUGGCUUGGAGCCUACCGUCGCAGCGCGCCCAUUGGAUCGUCAAUGGCGCGGCCCCCGAGCUCACCGAUGUGCUGGUUUCGGACGGAUCAGUCAAAGGCCUGGAUGACCUCAGGCACGGCGGCUGGGCGGCUUUGCAGUGCACAGCGGAGGCCGACGACGUGGUGCAGGGCCUGCACGGCCCACUGCCCUUUCCCGACCCCAGCUCGGUCCUGGCAGAGUUGUGGGGUCUCCUCCACGCCCUCAGGCAUUCGGUCUUCAUCGCGGCCAUCAUCAUGGACAAUGCUCAGGUGGUCCAAGGCCUGGCCCGUGGCAGGGCAUGGUGUUGUUCAGCGGCCAGGCCCUAUGCGCACGUCUGGCUCGAGAUCUGGGAUCGCCUGGAUGACAUGGACAUCCUUCCUGGCAGAGAGUUGUCGGUCACCAAAGUCGCCUCGCACAUAUCGCAGGUCAAACGUUUAGCGCUGCCAGAGGAGGUCCAAAUUCACAUGAGGCACAAUGACUUAGCCGACGAAUGGGCCAAGCAAGGAGCAGACCUCAGCGCGCCGCCAGAGUGGGCCACGUUGCAGGUGAAGCAGGAGCUCAAGGCCACCAAGCGCGUGCUAGAGUACAUCGGGCACUUCAGGGUCCUCCUCGACGGGGUCAGGCACCCGCACGUUCUGGAAGUGUGCCGCGGUUAUUCCAAGUGCACCAACUGCGGCAAGGCGCCGCCGCUCGGCCUGUGCGACAGCGAGCAGACCAUGGGGAUCAGG